ACGGAAGACCCCCCGGAUUCAACAUGCAUUCCAGUACAGCAUUCUUUGUAGCGUGCCUCGCCCUAGCGGUGAUCAGUGUACAGUGUGUAGUUGCGCAAAGUAAUCCCUGGCGCCGUCAAAAUGACAGCUACGCAGCGGAAACAGCAAACGAUCGUAGCCAGCGGCUCGGUCUGACCACCGGAUAUGGCGGUGUUAAUGGUUAUGGCUACUCCGGAACCGGGCUCGGUUCCUACGCUCCGCUAAAGAUUGAUCUUGGUGGCGUUGUGCUCGGUACGCUGGUCGGUAUCGGGGCGCUCCUUCUGCUACCGAAGCUGGUGAACGUGUUUGGUGGUGGAUAUGGAACCGGUGGCCACUACCGUAGCGCUGACGGUGAUCCAACGGGUAUCUCCGAGCUGAUGAACAAGGUGGACGACUAUCUGGCUCAGAACAACAUCGAUUCGGGUGCGUGCUUGCAGAAGGGUGUCUGCAGUUACAUCCGCUCUUCCGACUAUCACGCCCAGGUCGGUACGGCCGAUCAGAUCGAACACAUGAUCCUCGCCCUUUCAGAGAACUCCAUCAUCGAUUACAUGCUCGAUGGAACGGCCAUCAAGGAGGCGAUCAAGAAUGGCAAAAUGCAGACGGCUCGCUCGUGCGAUGAAAUGUACGCGUCCUGUCCGCUCGAUCGUCAGUCUACGCUGAAGCUUUUUAAGAAGAUGUUCCCGAUCGGGAACUAAGCGAAGGUAACACACACCAUUCGGACAUUCCAUGGACACCUAUCGGUCGCUCACGCACGUUGCUACUCCUACACACAAACGCACACCUUCGAAGCUUCAUCAGGCACAUGCAUGGAGCAACGCCGACAUGGUUUUAGGAGCUAUUAAUAAGAAACCUUCACCUGGUAUCUGGUGAGGCGACAACAACCAGAAGAUAAAUAGAACCCUUGGGAACCAUGGUCAGUAACCGGUGAACCUUGGAAGGUGUGUUUCUGUGUGAUGGGAAUGCGAACAACGCGCGAACAACAAGAACGUAGCGUAGGGGUGCACAUGGCCAAAUGGGAGGCAAAUUCAGGAAACAACAUCAGGGAACAUAACCGCGCAUGAAAUAAGCGAACGAUCGGAACAACCAACGCGGCAAAGCGGUGUGCGAUGCUGCAAAAACGCACUUAGAAGCAUACUAUGAAACGGGAUCAAACUUUGUUCAUAUUCUUAUUUCACAAU